AUAGGCUCCAUCAGCCACUUCCCGGGAGGGACUGUAUGUAGCAAGGCUAUAGCUGGUGAAUUUGGAGAAAAAUAAGGGAAUAUUGUCGCGCCCACCUUUACAGUACCAGCCGUAUUGGUGGAGGAGCGUGGGGAUUCAAUACGGGACAUAUUUGCCAUAGAAAGGGAAGAAAAUGGAGUUGGAGGACGGAGUUGUGUACCAGGACGACCCGGGGACAACGGCUAUGAUGUCGGAAAGGGUCUCGGGCCUGGCCAGCUCCAUUUACCGUGAAUUUGAAAGGCUUAUAGGGAAAUACGACGAAGACGUUGUGAAAGAACUUAUGCCGCUUGUAGUCGCGGUGCUGGAGAAUUUGGAUUCCGUUUUCGCUGAGAAUCAGGAGCACGAAGUCGAGAUCGAACUGCUGAAGGAGGACAACGAACAGCUCAUCACCCAGUACGAGCGGGAGAAAGCACUAAGGAAGCAUGCCGAGGAGAAGUUCAUCGAGUUUGAAGACAGCCAGGAGCAAGAGAAGAAGGACCUUCAGAAGAAUGCGGAGAGGAUGGGACUGCAGUCUCGCCAGCUGGAGCUGAAGAUCAAGAACUAUGUCGACCAGAUCAGCCGGCUGGAGGAGCGUGAAGCCGAGUUGAAGAAGGAGUUCAACUCCCUCCACCAGCGCCACACAGAGAUGAUCCAUAACUACAUGGAGCACGUGGAGCGCAUCAAACUCCAGCAGCUGGGCGGAGACGGGUCAGACACAGGAACUCUGGGACGAGUGCGGAAAGAGCGCCCCCUGUCUUUAGGGAUCUUUCCUUCGCCCGGCGGGAAUGCCGCCCUCACCCCCGAGCUGCUUGGCAGAGGUGAGACGCCUGGCACGGAGGGAUGGAGAUUCAACGACCUCGCCCACCCACGUUCCAAUGCCAGCCUCAAGCUGCUGGAGUCUGAGGACUCCCAAAAGCGGGAGGGUAAGAGUGCGCAGGAGCCUUGGGGGAAUUCGCUGGCAGACGACUGCAAGGAUGAGCUGUCCGACUUGACCCCGAUGUCCACAACGGCCUCGGAGCUCGGGGACGGUCCAGACAGGAACAGCAAGAACAUGGAGGUGCAGGCUGCCCCGGGGACCAAGUCUGUGUCGGUCGGUUUGGCUGAUAACGAGGACAAAUCCGAUGUGCAGGCCAUCAUCGAGUCCACGCCAGAGCUGGACAUGGACCUCAGUGGUUACAAGGGAGCCAGCACACCAACUAAAGGCAUUGAGAACAUGGCGUUUGACCGCAACACAGAGUCCCUGUUUGAAGAGCUCAACUCGGCGGGCAGCGGCCUGAUUGGAGACGUGGACGAGGGAGCCGACCUGUUAGGGGAGUACUCUGGUAUGGGAAGGGAAGUAGAAAACCUUAUCAUGGAAAACACACAACUGCUGGAGACAAAAAAUGCCCUGAACGUGGUGAAGAACGACCUGAUUGUGCGCUUGGAUGAGCUGACCUGUGAGAAGGAGGUGCUCCAGGGGGAGCUGGAGGCCGUGCUGGAGGCCAAGAGCAAACUGGAGGAGAAGAACAAGGAGAUCGAGGAUGAGCUCAAGAAGAUGCGGGUGGAGACUGAGGAGGCCAAGAAGAAAACUACAGAUGAGGAUGAGGAGUGGGACGUGCAGAGUGACGUGCCGACGGCGCAGAGGAAGCGCUUCACGCGGGUGGAGAUGGCGCGGGUGCUGAUGGAGAGGAACCAGUACAAGGAGCGGCUCAUGGAGCUGCAGGAGGCCGUCAGGUGGACCGAGAUGAUCCGGGCUUCACGGGGUAACCCAGACACCAGCGAGAAGAAAAAAUCCAGUAUCUGGCAGUUCUUCAGCCGGCUCUUCAGCUCGUCGGGCUCCAGUAGCGGCGGCACGGCGCUGAGGAAGACUCCGGAGCUGGGCUCCAACGUCAAGUACAACGCCCCAGGCUCCAUGAUGAAGAAGAGCAGCACCUUCUCCCAGUUCCCCACCGAGAAGUCCAAAGCCUUCGACUUCCUCAGCGAAGGGCUGGACCCGUGCAGCUCCCCGUCGCGGCGUGAGCUGAAGCGCUCUCAGUACCGCGAGGUCAAGGCCCACGUGCAGAAGGAGGAUGGACGCCUGCAGGCCCACGGAUGGAGCCUCCCCAGCAAGUCCAAGGUGACUAACGGAGGGCAGUUGGAGAAUAAGAACCUUCCCGUUCCUGUGUACCUGAAGCCCCUAGAGCUUAAAGACACGGCCAUGAAGGUGUGGUGUGCAGCUGGAGUAAACCUGUCGGGGGGAAGGCUCCGAGAAGGGGGCCCUCUGGUGGCUGAAAGUGGCACAGCAGAGUCCGAGAGCCUCAGACAGAGGAAAGGCUCCCAGAGCAGUCUGGACCAGCUAGAGCAGCAGCCACAGCUGGAGGCGGAGCCCCAGGUGGAGAUGUCCAGUCGCGUGUGGCUCUGCACCAGCACCAACUCGGCCACCAAGGUGCUCAUCAUGGACGCCAGCCAGCCCAACACGCCGCUCGACACCUUCUACGUCUGCAACUCACACGUGCUCUGCAUCGCCAGCGUGCCAGGUGUGCUGGAGUCGGACUACCUGGCCGGUGAGGAGGUGGCGCAGGACAGUGAGGGGGGUCAGGGCGAGGGCUCUCUGACGGGGUCGCUGGGGUCGGGGGGCAGUGACGGGGCGCUGAGCGGCGUGGCGGCCGUGGGCUGCACCUCAGAGGGGCCACCAGGGGGCGCAUCCUCUCAGUCCGGGGGAUCCCCAGCAGAGCACAGCCCCAGAGUGGGUCUGUCCAGAGAGGCCAGCCCUGACGAGGACGGCGUGCCCACGGCCGAGGAGGCCACGGAGGCCACGGAGGACGAGGAGGAGGGCCACAGCACGGAGCCCAGCCAGCCGGGCAUCUACACGGAGCACGUCUUCACCGACCCGCUGGGCGCCCAGCCCAACGAGCCCAACUCCGCCACCGACACGCGGGCCAGGGAGGUGAUGCAGGAGGCUGACGGGGGCUCCCCAGACUCCAGCCUGCACGACUCGGUGACGGACGAGAGCCAGAGGAUGAGCAGCACGCUGCCCACCAUGUGGCUGGGCGCCCAGAACGGAUGUUUGUACGUUCACUCUGCGGUGGCGCGCUGGAGGAAGUGCCUUCAUGCUGUCAAGCUGAAAGACUCCAUCUUAAACAUUGUGCAUGUGAAAGGCCGGGUCCUGGUCGCCCUGUCUGAUGGGACCCUGGCUAUCUUCCACAGAGGACAAGACUGCCAGUGGGACCUGACCAACUACCACCUGCUGGACCUGGGCCGGCCGCACCACUCCAUCCGCUGCAUGACGGUGGUCCACGACAAGGUGUGGUGCGGCUACCGCAACAAGAUCUACAUCGUCCAGCCCAAGGCCAUGAGGAUAGAGAAAUCCUUCGAUGCCCACCCUCGUAAGGAGAGCCAGGUGCGGCAGCUGGCAUGGGUGGGGGACGGCAUCUGGGUGUCCAUCCGACUGGACUCCACGCUGCGGCUCUUCCACGCCCACACCUUCCAGCACCUGCAGGACGUGGACAUCGAGCCCUACGUCAGCAAGAUGCUCGGUACGGGCAGACUGGGCUUCUCCUUCGUGAGGAUCACGGCGCUCAUGGUGUCCUGUAGUCGGCUGUGGGUGGGCACAGGAAACGGCGUCAUCAUCUCCAUCCCCCUCUCCGACGGAAACCAAUCAGCCAGCGGCACCCCGAGCCGGCCCGGCCGCGCCGUCCGUUUCUACGGCGACGAGAGCGCGGACAGUGGCGCCCCGGGCUCCUUCGUGCCCUACUGCUCCAUGGCCCACGCUCAGCUCUGUUUCCAUGGCCACCGAGACGCAGUCAAGUUCUUCGUGGCGGUGCCAGGUGAGGUGAUGGUCCCAGGCUCAGCAGGUGUGGAGCUGGUUCCAGCGGACCCUGAGGCCCCAGCGUCGGACGGCCAGAAGCCGCAGCUGCCCCGGAACAUGCUGGUGAUGAGCGGCGGAGAAGGGUACAUCGACUUCAGACAGGGUGAUGAGGGCGAGGACACGGACGCUCCUCUGGACUCCACCAUGAUGCGGACGGAGGGCGCCUCCAAGACCGAGCGCAGCCACAUCAUCGUCUGGCAGGUUGCCACCGGCGACGAGUGAGACCCCACGACAGCCCUCCCACUCCCACACACCCCGCCCCCUCCCUCCCCAGCCUCGGCCUCGGGUUCGACAGAGUACACAAGCCCCUUAAAAGCCUGCACGGCCCGCACACACACACAAACACACACACACACACACGCACACACACACACACACACACACACACACACACACACACACACACACAUACUCCCCUUUUCAACGGUCCCCUCAUUACCAUCAUUGUCUUUUAGCAUUGUUAUUACUAUUACUGAUAUUAUUGUUACUAUGAGCGUUAUUAUCACUAUUAUUAUGAUUAUUAAUGGUCAUUCAUACUCUCCCUUACGGCCGCUGUGGUCUGUCGAUGCCUCGU